GGCAGUCACAGACCUCGGUGAUGACCGUUCGGCUGUUAGAUCACGAUCAGAUUGUGUUCUCGCCUAGCUGUGUUUCAGUUUCGUGUCAAAAUAGGUAUCAUCUGAGUUUGAGUUGAGUUUAUCCUUUCAUCGAUCAGUUAGCUCUCGAAGCAAAAUGAUCGCUGUAUCGUGGUGGAUUCUUAUUCCGGCAUUGGCUGUGUCCGGCGUACUUGGCUAUGAGUAUCAAAUCAAAACAAUUGACGUCCCUAUCGAUCAGUUUAGCUAUACGGGUAAUGCAACGUUUAAGUUACGCUACUUGGUCAACGAUACUUACGCGCGAAGCGAUGGUCCUAUUCUCCUGUACGCCGGCAACGAGGGUGACAUCGAGUUGUUUGCUCAAAACACCGGUUUCAUGUGGGAGCUAGCUCCUAAGCUAAACGCAACGGUUGUUUUCGUUGAACACCGAUACUACGGCAAGUCGCUACCGUUCGGAAACCGUUCGUUCGAGUCACCGGCCACACUCGGUUACCUUACCUCUGAGCAAGCACUCGCCGACUAUGCGCUGCUACUGGGCACCAUCAAUACGGCGAACGGAACCAACCGCGCCAAGCCGGUUAUUGUGUUUGGUGGCUCUUAUGGUGGCAUGCUGGCGGCAUGGUUUCGCAUCAAGUAUCCGCACCUGGUAGUCGGAGCGAUCGCCGCAUCCGCCCCAAUCCGCCAGUUCCCUGAUCUGACGCCAUGCGGCGUUUUCAAUCAGAUCCUAACGUCGGUGUUCCGGACCGCCGACAAGCCAGAGUGCGUGCACAACAUCCGACGCUCGUGGCAGGUAAUGUCCAACUAUUCCGCUACCGCCGACGGGCUGCGUGUGUUGAACGAAAAGUUCCACUUCUGCAACAACCUGACGAAGGCGACAGACGUCACGGAAACACUGUUCACCUAUCUCGCCGACGUGUACGGCAACCUGGCGAUGAUCAACUACCCGUACGAGUCAAACUUUCUUGCGCCGGUCCCAGCGUAUCCCGUGCGUGAAUUUUGCAGUCACCUGGCGGUGAACUAUACGGGCACGGAGCUACUCGAUCGGCUAGCGCUUGCCCUCAACGUAUACACCAACUAUAGCGGAAAGGUGCCUUGCCUUAACAUUAACUCAUCGUACGCUGGCAGUGGACUCGACGAUCAUGGUUGGGACUUCCAGUCCUGCACAGAAAUGAUAAUGCCGAUGUGCACGGACGGUGUGCACGACAUGUUCCUGCCGCAGCAGUGGGAUCUGCACGCCUACACCGAAACGUGCGUCAAAAAGUUUGGCGUUCGACCAAGACCGACCAAUGUGCUCAUCAACUACGGGGGACAGUUUCUCGAUAGUAGCAUCACGAACAUUGUUUUCAGCAACGGCCUGCUUGAUCCAUGGUCUGGAGGAGGUGUGCUGCGUUCAAGCAACGAUAAAAUUAAAAUCAUACUCAUCCCAGAAGGCGCCCAUCAUAUCGAUCUGCGUGCUUCGAACCCGAAGGAUCCGGAAACGGUGGUGCUGGCACGCGAAAAGCACUAUCGAAGCAUACGUGACUGGAUGUCGGAAUAUUGGCGGUUGAAGAGCUUCUGAGAUCGCAAGUUUGUCGGGCCCAAGCACAUGCUACACGAAGGCGUUCGGCAUGUUUUUUGUUGUAGCCAAGGAGAAAGCUGCGAUACUAACUUUUCUAGAUUAUCUUCGAACCGUAUAGUGGCGAUUGCUUCACGAACUCGUUCAGCUUCGCCUCGAACAAAUCCGACGUGACGGGCGUGCCCAUCGUCCAUAACGGAUUCCGAACGACGUACUCAACCCAAAGCUGCAAAACCCAACAAAACUUAAGUUAAACUUUGCGAACGUUCGUUGUGCUUCUGCUAACACGAACAAAUAGAAAGCAAUAAAG